AUAUUAUUUAAAUUGAUAACAAAGUCAGCCUACGUCAAACAUUAUCUGUUCGAAUAGUGAUUUCACCUAUCUAAGCAACACGGCAAACAGCCAUGAGGCUUUAGUUGUGUUUCCAUUGCACUGUACAGUGCAAUCAUGUUGUUAUCCGUAGCCGGUGCAUGGCCUUUUACCGGCACCUGGUUUUUGUACACGGGCGCGUUGUCCGUAGCCGUAGGAUUUCUAUUGUAUUACUUCAGCAUCUCCACUUACGGAUACUGGCGCAAAAGAAACGUGCCCCACGACCGGCCAGUGCCGCUGUUGGGAAAUUUUAGCCGCAUGUUGAUUGGACUGGAACACCAGACGGAGUUUUUCGGCAGGCUGUACAAACAGAGUGCCGGACACAAAUACUGGGGAUUUUACCAGAUGAGAACGCCAACGUUGAUGCUUCGCGACCCGGAUCUCAUCGCCAAGGUGCUGGUCAAGGACUUCUGGCACUUCUCCGAUCACGGGUUCCCCGUGGACAUAGACGCCACUCCUAUAACCAACCACAUGUUCACGAUGAAAGGUCAGAAAUGGAAAAUCAUCAGGGCCAAAAUAAGCCCGGUGUUCACGUCGUCGAAACUGAAGAACAUGCGAGAACAGAUAAAAGACUGUGGCGACCAACUGAUGAACAACCUGCAGUUGAAACUAGCCCAGUCGGACGUGCUGGAGGUGCGUGGCGUCAUUGGCGAUUAUUCGAUGGACGUGAUCGGCACUUGCGCCUUCGGACUGCAGUUGAACACCAUAGUCGAUGAUAAUUCCUUAUUCCGCAAGGCGGGAAGAGCUGUGUUCGCGCCGUCAAUUAGACUUCAGCUGAAAGACAUGUGCGAGUUCAUCUCGCCAGGGUUGAGGAAAAUGUUGAAAAUAAACGAUUUCCCAAAGUUUGCGACGGAUUUUUUUGAAAAAUCGUUUUUCCAGACAAUGGAAUACAGACAAAAGAACCACAUCACAAGAAAUGACUUUGUGCAAUGUCUGCUACAGGCCAGAACAGACUUGGUCAUCAACAAAUCGGAGCCGUCCGUGAGCUAUAAAGAAAUGGAUAUAAUAGCCAAUGCUUUCUUAAUGUUUGUGGCCGGUUUCGAGACGGUAUCUACGACUGUGAGCUUCUGUUUAUAUGAAUUAGCCUUAAAAAAACACAUUCAAGACCGUGUCCGUGAAGAAAUCCUAACCGCAAAGUCAAACCAUGACGAUGAACUUAAUAGUGGUUUCUUAGCAGAACUUCCAUAUCUCGAAAUGGUUUUGGCAGAAACUCUACGCAUGUAUCCACCAUUGACGUUACUCAUCAGAGAGGCUUCAAAGUCCUACCAAGUUCCCGGAGAAGAUUUGGUAAUAGAAAAGGGAACUAAAAUCGCCAUACCUGCAUACAGCCUGCACAUGGAUCCAAUGUAUUACACGGAUCCUGUUACCUUCAAUCCGGAACGCUUUACCCCCGAAGAAAAAGCCAAAAGACCCAGUGGUGUUUACAUGCCUUUUGGAGAAGGACCUCGUCUGUGUUUAGGUAAACGUUUUGCCGAAAUGGAGAUGAAAUUAGCACUCUCGGAAAUAUUAUCGAAAUACGAAGUAGAACCAUGUGAAAAAACUGAUGCUCCAAUGAAAUUUAAAAAACUAACUUUGACUACUGUACCAGAAAAUGGAAUAUGGUUGAAAUUUAAGAGCCUUGAUUCCUAAUUAUACAUCAUUAAGAAACUGUAAACAAAUUAUUGUUUCAUAAUAUUUUGAACGACUACUAACAAAGUGUACACCGUUUUGUCUAUUGCUAUUAUUUUAUUUUUCAUUGUCUUAUCUACUUUAAAAAGUUAAUAUUUUCUGUCCUUUUGUGACAUUUGGACGAGUUGUGCUAAUAUGAGUCUAGAAGCAAGCGCCAACCUGAAUAUACUAUAUCCAUGUAAUAUUUAAACAACAACUACAAUGUAGGGACAAUAAUUCUCAUGGCCUCUUAAAAA